AUGAAGUCAGAAUACGAAGACGUCGAGGAAGCCUCCCUGUUGGGCAAAAGUCACAGCUCGCCAAAGAAACAACGCCACAUCAAUUCCUGGAUAUCAACACUGGCCGUGAUAAUCUCCAGUGCAGCCCUGGUAUUGAGCAUCCUGCAAAAUACAGGCUUCAUAUGGAGAAACGACUCGCCUCCAUCAGAAAUCUCGGAUUUCGACAAGGCGCAAAAAUGUUCCAUUGACAACUUCCACAAGGACUUGUCAUUCCUUGAUAACGCAAACCCAAUUGAAGCGCAAGAGUUUCUAGACCGGAGGGACAAACUUGCAAAGGCAUUAGCAAAAAAUGGUGUCGAUGCGUUUGUUCUCGAGCCAGGUUACACUUUCCAAUACUAUGGAAACAUCUCCCAAACCGACUGGGAACCCUGGGAGCCCGAAGAACGCCCCUUCCUAAUGCUCAUCUUGCCUCAAACAUCCUCAAAUGGCGAGAUAUCCGCCAAAACGGCCUUUCUCUCACCCCAUUUCGAAGAAGGGCGCGUCCGCAUGCUCGGCGUCCCAUCCAAGGAAGAGAAUCUCGACAUUGUAAUAUGGGAAGAACACUGGAACCCAUACGAAACCCUCCUCAACUCGCAUUUAUUCAAGGACAACCCCAACCCCAAGCUCAUGGCAGACGAAGAAAUGAGGGACUACAUCGUCCGAGGCCUCGACAACAACGGCUUCACAACCGUCGGCCUAUCCCCCGAAGCAGAGCUCGUUCGACAGACCAAAACCCAAGCAGAGGUCGAGCUCCUCAGGGCCGUCAACACAGGCACCGUGGCUGCAGUGCGCGCCAUGCGACCCUGUCUCGUCCCCGGUUUAACAGAGGACCAAGUCACGGCCAUAUUGGACAAUACGAUGCUAUCGAUUGGCUUUGGGCUGUUCUUCAACAUUGUCCUCUUCGAGGAGCACGGCGCUCUGCCACACGGAGGCUUCGUAACGGGCGGCAAGAAACUCACACCUGAUAGCAUGGUUGUCAUAGAUGUGGGCGCACAUUAUAAGGGUUAUUCGUCUGAUAUCUGCCGCAGUUUUCUUAUUGAUCCGCCAAAGGGACGGAAUCAUCAGCACAAGUCCGAUCCGUUGCGCGAAGAAAAGGAAAAGGUGUGGCAGAUUGUGCUGGAUGCGCAGACUGCUGCGGCGCACGCCAUGAAACCCGGCAACACGGCAGCGAGCGUGGACAUUGCUGCCCGGACGGUCAUUGAGGAUGAGGGAUACGGAUAUGGCUUUACGCAUCGCUUGGGUCAUGGUAUUGGCAUCAAGGCGCAUGAGUCGCCGUACCUGAACAAGUUCAACAAGGAGGCUAUUCUGAGCGCUGGCAUGACGUUUACGAAUGAGCCGGGCAUUUACUUAGAGGGCAAGUUUGGCGUUCGGCACGAGGAUAUCUACUUGGUCAAGGAAAAUGGUGAAGCGGAACUGCUCACUGGCCAGAGAGCAAGAGGUCUGUUUGAACCUUAA